AUGCAUGUUUCAGGGGAGGAAUAUAUUCUCUCCGGCACUUAUAUGUGCCAGAUCAACUAUCAGGAAGAUGUCUUACUUCUGGAUUCCAUUACUUGGAUACUCGGGAGUGUGUUGGAGGUCCUCGCACUAUGUCUCGCAGUUUGGAUUGUUGUAAAACACUUCCGUGAGCUGCGGCGUCAUUCGGCAGGAGGCAUUAUCGGAGACUGUUUCUCGGUGUUGAUCAAAACUCACAUGUCAUACUUUGCGAGCUUUGUUGCUGUUUCUUGUUUCACCCUCGUUUUUGAAUUAUCUCCAACAAUCUCAACGGACCAAAAUUCCUUAGGAGCUCAGACUCUUAAUGGCUUGCUUCAGAUUUUCACAGUCGUGCAGGCGUAUGUGCUGGGACCACGCCUGAUUCUUGGCAUUCGAGAAUACCACGCUAAGCUCGUGGCCAACUCCGACGCAGCAUCUGCUAUGACCUCAAUCGCUUUCCAGGAGCGCGUGCACGUAUCGACUGGCAGUAGCGUGUGA